AUGGGACUGCUGGCGUCGACAUGCCAUGCAGCUUUCUACGACUAUAUCGUGGUGGGUGCCGGUUCUGCCGGUAGUAUAGUGGCCACCAGACUCGCUCAAAAUGGAAGCACAGUGCUUGUGAUCGAUGGAGGCGAAGGUUCCACUGUUGAGGUUGGUGGCAAAGAUGUUGUCGGUACCCAAGGAACACUAAGUCCAUCAAAUACAUACACCCCUGUUUCAACAUUCACAAAGUAUGAUGUACCAUUAUACUGGUCAGCUGCUUAUAUUACUGGAUUGAAGUGGGAUAUCACUGGCGCCAGCGUGGCCAAAGUCACUGGAGGCUGUGGUAUGCACAAUGGAAUGGUGUUCCAACGUGGACUCGAGUCCGACUAUAACAACUGGGGCGUCACUGGAUGGAAUUGGAGCAGCAUGUUCCCUUACUUCCUCAAGAUCGAGACCAUCCUCGACCCAUCGCUAUCCACAUCAACCCUGCACGGCCACAGCGGCCCAAUCAACGUCGGCACCCAUCCAUUCGACCAGGAGGGUAACGACUUUAUUAGCUCAUGCUCGGCAGCCGGCUUGCCAUUCAACCCCGACUUCCAGAACAACACUCGCGAUGGCUGUGGCUACUUCCAGUUCAACAUUGACCCAACUGGAAUCCGUUCGUCGCCCUUCCACAAGUACCUCAAGCCCGCGUUGGUCACCUACAGCAGCACCCUCAAGUUGCUCACCCAGGUCACCGUGCUCAAGGUCAACUUUAUCAAGGCAUGUACAAGCUGCAUCCCUAACGCCGCAAGUGUUACCGUGUCAUUCAAUGGCAACGGCACCGUGUCAACUAUCACCUGCAACAAGGAGAUCAUCCUGUCUGCCGGCGCACUCAACACACCAAAGAUCUUGCUCAACUCUGGUAUUGGUAAUGCUACAUACCUCGCUACCUACUCGAGCGUGAUCCCUACUGUAUACUCCAACUUGCCAGGCGUGGGCAGGAACCUGCAGAACCACUUCCUGGCAUUCACCGUGUGGUCCUACAAUGCCACGUCCAACCGUCCAACCUUCUACGACCUCUUCACUCAGAGCCUCUUCUUUGAGACUUCUGGCGCCGGCAUCCUCGGCACCCCAGGUUUCUCAGUCGGCGCUUGGCUGCGUCCCAACGCCACAGCAGUUGGCGUGUCAGAGAAUGUGAUGCUGAUUUUGCCAGGCGUCCUUGGAACCACCACCCCUUUCCAGGCACUCUCGAUUGGUGUGUCCAUCUCGCGUCCCGCACCAAACAAUCACUUCAUUCAGCUCAACGCCGACCAGAGUGGCACCGCCAACGCCUUCUACCUGCGCUCUCCCGACCUCCACUUUACCCUCCUCAACAAGCAGGCCGACGUCGACACUCUAGUUCGCGGUAUCCAAGAAUCACGUCGUAUCAUGUCUUUCGCGCCAAUGAAUGGUCGUGCCGCACCAGUCAUCCCCGCCCCCGACCAGACUACCGCCGAGCUGGCAACCUGGGUGCAGGCCAACGCCAUCGCCCACGACCAUUGGUGCUGCACAGCCAAGAUGUCCAGCACACCAAGUGACACGAUGGCCGUUGUCGACAACCAUCUUCGUGUGCUCGGUGUCAAGAAGCUUCGUGUGAUCGACGCCUCUGUCAUGCCAACCAUUGUCGACUCCCUGGUGCAUGCCACUGUCAUGGCCAUUGCCGAGGCUGGCGCCGACUAUGUCAUCGCUGACAACAUGCCACCACCCAGCACCACUGGCACCACCACCACUACCGGUGGCGGCGGUGGCGGCGGAAGUGGCGGCCUUCUCUCUGGCAUCCUCACAGCCAUCCUCACUGGUUAA